GCCGAGAGGAAACACUCGGUUUUCUUUCGUUUCUCUCCUUCUGCUUCUGUCGAAACCAACAAAGACAGCGAAGCGAGACAUGGUGCAGCAAGCAGACGCUCCUCUCCCUCAUGACGCCUCUGUGGCGGAUAAGGAUCUUCUCUUCUACUACGACAAACUGUUCCCGUUCGGAGAGUUGUCCAAAUGGCUGACCUACAAGAAUUCUCCGCACCUUCCAGAGAGCGAGGCGAACGAUCCACUCUUCUUCGCAAAGCGAGAAGUCUGCUUCACUUGCCGGAAACCGGGCGGACUCGACAAUGCAGACGAAUUCUUCCUUAGAUGGCAGUCUUUCAGAACUGUCGAGGAAAUGAAGGAGAAGCUGAAGGACAUGUCUUCCCUCGUUUGCUUCAAAUUCGAUUUCGGCGCUGUCUACUCGGUCCCGGUUUCCGAAAAAGAUUCCUCCCACUCUGCCUUCAGACCCGAGCAAAAGGAGCUGGUCUUUGACAUCGACAUGAACGACUACGACGACAUUCGUACCUGCUGCACAGACAAACGCGUCUGUCAAAAAUGCUGGACGUUUUUGGAGGUGGCGAUGUCGCUCUUGGACGCGGCUUUGAGAGAAGAUUUCGGCUUCGAGAACAUUCUCUGGGUCUUCUCCGGACGGCGAGGCGUGCACUGCUGGGUGUGUGACUCUUCGGCUCGGCUGCUCCCCAGCGAUGGCAGAGCUCAGCUGUGCGAGUAUCUGAAUAUCUGCACCGGUACAGACCAACAAGUGAAAAAGGUGACUCUCCGAGGCGGACGCGUCCAGCCUCCUUCUGUCGAUCGAGCGUUUUGCUUGGCAUAUCGUCAAUUCCAGCGUCUGCUGGAGGAGCAAGAUUUCUUCGCAAGCAACGCUCGCGCUCUGCCGGUUUCCGGGGACUUUCCGGACAGCGCGGCGCCUCAGUUCCACUACCAGAAGCUGCUGAACUACCUUCCGGAUUUGAGCGACUCUUCCUCGUCUCAUUCGCGACCGUGGAAGGGCAACGCGAAGAACGAAAGACGCGACGGCCGCGGAGGGGGAGUCUUCGCUGCUGCGAAACCGCACAUGUCUGCCUGGGUGGAGAAGCGACUCCGCGAGAAGAGCGGCUUUUCCUCAGAGGAGCUUUUCAACGAGCUGUGCGCCGUCUCAGGCUGUCCGCGUCCGAGAGACUUCUCCGGACGAGUGGAAGACGUAAAGCAGAUUCCCUCGUUCGUCAAAGAAAUCGUCCUUGCGUACUCCUACCCCAGGCUCGACAUCAAUGUCAGCAAGGACAUCGGGCAUCUCCUCAAGUCGCCGUUCUGUAUCCACCACGGCACAGGCCGCGUCUGCGUUCCCCUCGAGGUCGCACCCGAGAGGACGCGCGGCGCUUCGGCGAGUUCGCGCUUCGAUCCGGCGCGAGUCCCCACUCUCACCUUGCUACGCCGGCAAUUCGACGAUCCGAGCCGCGCCCACUUGCCGCCACACCAACGCACGUCACUGGCCCCAUACCUCGACUUUUUCAGAGACAAGUUCCUCUACACUCUCCUGAAAAACGUCGCAGAAGAAACGAAAUAUGUGAAGAAGCUGCUCGAGGGCGUGGACGCGCGAAUUAAGCCGGAAGUGUGUUUUUGACGAGAGCGAGGAGACGGACAGGAAAAACAGAGGAAGAGAUGUGGAUGUCGAGAGGAAAGUCGAGCGCGCAGUUGUCGAAGAACUGCGACGACAGAAGCUCCUCGACCGACUCUCAGACUUCCAAAAAGGCGAAGGCGCGAGGAGCCUUCGCGAGAGUGACGACGGGGAACGUGAAGGAAGGAAUAACCGGAAAAUUCGCGUUUGUUGGUCUUGGCUCGAUUCGCUUGUUUGCUAGAAACUUUUUUGCCGGGUCGCCGUACCGGUCCUUGCAUGCGAGGCGUUCGUGCUCCAACUAGAAAAAAAAACUCUUCUUGCUUUGUUGUCGCAUGCGGCGCUCUGUUCUCAACAGGUUUUCUUUUCCUGCGAGACGCCCUGCCACAGCGCGUCUCCACUCCUUUCUUUCUGCGAUGCUUUUGCGUCGUGCGUCUAAAGGUUUACACAUUCUU